GAUGUCUGGUGCCAGCAGUUUCUUUCAUGAUGCCUCGUGUGGGGGCCGAGCACGUCUGGCUGGGCCGAUUCAGCCCGCCGCCGGACUCACCGCCUGGCCACCACAACACACACACGUUUGAAGGAUGGCGUCGCAGCAGCAGCAGCCAGCGGGCGAGAGGAGGGAGGGUGGUGGCGGCGGCGGCGGCGGCGGUGGUGGCGGCGGCGGCGGUGGCGGUGGCCGUGAUGGGGAGCAGAAGGACAAGAAGAGGAAGGAAUCCAUUCUGGACCUGAGCAAAUACCUGGACAAGGCCAUUCGAGUGAAGUUCUCCGGUGGGCGGGAAGCCUCGGGCAUUCUUAAGGGGUUUGACCAGCUGCUCAACCUUGUGCUGGACAACACCAUAGAGUACCUGAGAGAUCCCGAUGACCCAUACAAGCUAACGGAAGACACCAAGGAGCGUGGGUUGGUGGUGUGUCGAGGCACAGCGGUGGUGCUGAUCUGCCCCAUGGAUGGGUGCGAGGCCAUUGCCAACCCUUUCAUCCAGCAGGACACCUAGUCACUUACCGCACUGAGGGGGCCUGGUGGGGGGGAGCAUCUUGGGAAGUGGGUUCUCAUAUUAAAUGUAUGGUUCUCAUGCAGUAACAUAU